UUUGACCCAAAUGUUUAUCCUUAAUUCUCUUGAUUUCUCACUCUAUAAAAAACAUCUCUUACUUAACCAAUCUUUAAUACUCAUCCAAAACUUUCACAGCCAGAUUUCUUCUCAUAUAAACUUCGGUUAAUUAAGCUCCUGUUGAAGUAAGGAUUCUAUCUUGAUGGCAGAAGUUACCGAGAAAAAAGAGAUCACCGAGCCAAUGGAAACCGAAUCUCGAGCAUAUGGCACAGCCACGACCAGUGCUAAAACUUCGAAAUAUUUCUUGCUAGGUAUAAUCCUUAGGGGAUUACUGUUUGCGUUAACACUCACUUCCGUCAUCCUCAUGAUUACUGCUAAGCAAACUGAAUAUGUUAGAUCGCCUCUGACAAGAACGCGGGAACUUCGACCUGCCAAAUGGAAUUAUUCUCCAGCCUUCAUAUUCUUCAUAUCCGCUCUUUGGAGUGUUUGUGGAUACAGUGUUUCCUCCAUGCUAAACACACUAGUCUGCCGUAAGAAAUGCGCUACAAAUAAGUUCUUGAUCCAAACAGUAUUGGCGGACGUGUUGGUGUUUGGUAUUCUGGCUUCAGCUACUGGGGCUGCUGGUGGUGUAGCGUAUAUCGGUUUAAAAGGAAAUUCUCAUAUAGGAUGGUUUAAAAUUUGCAACAUCUAUGACAAAUUUUGUCGACAUAUUGCAGCUUCCCUUGUUCUCUCAUUAGUCGCCUUAGUGAUCCUUCUCAUCAUCAUAACGCUCUCGACCAUACAAACCCGUUGCUGAUCAUUUUUUUGUAAAUCUGUAAACUUGAUUGUUAUAGUAUUUGUCUGUCAUGUAUGAUCAUUUUUUUUUCCCGAACUUCAUUUAUUGGGGUUUUGUAUGGUUUGAUGAUGUGAGAGUGGUUGUGAUGAUGCAUUAAUGUUGUUUAUUGAGUUUGUAAAUCAUGUACGUGUGUGUAUGUAUAUUCAGAUUUGUUUCAAAUAAUGGCGUUAGGUUUCAAC